CUCCCGUUUCCUGCCUGUAGUUGGGUCCUGUACAGCAGCCCGUGCGACGCUGUCCUGGAGACCCCGCGCUGCCUGCACCUCUAUCGUCUCGGUUGUCAUGGAUGAUGAAGACGGCAGGUGCCUGCUAGAUGUAAUUUGUGACCCAGAAGCUCUCAAUGACUUUCUUCAUGGAUCUGAGACCCAUUUGGACACUGACGACCUUUUGGAUGGUUCGAGUGACCCCUCCAGCUCCUUCUUCUCUGCCACUGGGGGCCAUGUUCCAGAGGUCCAACCCACAGUCCAGCUGUCGGCCAGCGAGCCGGCAGGCCUGCCCAGAGUCAGUGUGGACCUGGAUUUCCUGGAGGAUGAUGACAUCCUUGGAGGAUCCCCAGGUGGCGAAGGCGGGAGCAAUGGCAUUGGGACAAAUCACGAGCCAUGUGACAUCCUGCAGCAGAGCUUGGCUGAAGCCAACAUCACAGAGCAGAGCUUGCAGGAGGCCGAGGCUGAGCUGGACCUGGGCUCCUUUGGGAUUCCAGGACUUCCACAGGUGGUUCAGACACUGCCUGAUGCCAGCCUCUCUGGGGCUGGAGGCACCGCUGUCGGCGUAGGCAUAGGAAUUGGUGUUGGGGGAGCAGCAGCAAUCUUCCCUGGGUCAGGCCCGAGCACCACUGCUACUCCUCCCAAUGCCACGGCUGACAUGCUGGGGUCAGUCCUGGCUCACCAGGGCCUACAGCUUCAACCCCAGGUCAUGAACAAGACCAUUAGUGUUCAGCCGUUUAUGCAGUCUGUAGGCCUGGGAAAUGUGACUCUUCAACCUAUUUCAAGUCUCCAAGCUCUUCCUAAUGGGAGUCAGUCUGGACAUUUGGGAAUUGGACAGAUUCAGGUUGUGGGCCAGCCCACAGUCAUGACUAUCAAUCAGUCUGGGCAGCCAAUCCUGGCUAAAGCUAUGGGUGGUUACCAGCUGCACCAGUCUGGUCCAGAGGUAUCAGGUGCAGCGACUCAGGCUGGGAUUGGAGGCUCAGUUCUUAGCUCUGGAGGUGGACUUUUGAUACAAGGUGGCAAAGCCACUUUGGGAUCUCCAGCUUUAAAUGGACCGGCCGUUUGUGUCAGCAGCACAAACAGCAGCAGUGGUGGCACAAUGACUGCUCCUGCUGGGCUUUUGGGCUUUGGCAGCACACCUUUAAGUGCAGGAAUUGGACCCCAAACACAAACUCAAGGCCAAAUCAUGCAAAACGUGAUCAUUCAGCGCACACCAACACCCAUUCAGCCCAAACCCCCUCAAGGAGGAGCCAUCCAGCCCAAACUCUUCAAGCAGCAGCAGCAGCAGCCACAGCCAGCACCCCACUCUCUACAAAAUGAUGCCAACAAGGCUCUAGGGCUGCAGCAACUCCCAGUUUCUGCUGCCCAGAAUGUAGCUUUCCUGACAGGAAAGCCAGGCUCUAAUGUUGUCCUGAGUACACAAGCCACAUCACAAGGCCCUCAGUUCCAACCAGCCCUAUUCAAGCAGCAAGCAGCACAACCAUCUGGUAAGCCCCUCAGCGUGCACUUGUUAAACCAACCAGGCAGCAUCGUCAUUCCCUCCCAAACUGUUUUGCAAGGUCAGAACCACCAGUUUCUCCUGCCGCAGUUACAGGCAGGCGGGCAGAUCCUGACCCAGCACCCUGGGGGCCACAUCAUAACCAGUCAGGGUCCUGGUGGACAGCUCAUUGCCAACCAGAUCCUAGCUGCGAACCAGAAUAUUAACUUGGGCCAGGUUCUGACCUCUCAGGGUCACCCUGGCGCUGCCCACAUUCUCUCUGGAUCCAUCCAGCUCCAGCCUGGCCAAAUGGGCCCACCCACCCUCUUUCAGAUGCCUGUCUCACUGGCUCAGAGUCAGAGCCAGACCCAGAGCCACCCUGUCUCUGGUCAUGCUCAGACUGUCAUUCAGGGCAUGCCCAUCCAGAAUUCUGUGACCAUGCUGGGUCAAGUGGAGGGGCUGAGUCCUGCAGUCAGCCUUCAGCCGGCCCUCCAGCCCCAGGCUGGUGGAGUCCCCAGCAGCAGCACCACUGGAGCAGCAGGCAUGGCCCAGGGCCAGCCUGGAGAGUGUGUCACCGUGUUGGGUAGCUCCGCAGACCAAGCUGCUCACCCGACUCAGCAACAUGUACCACAGUCCUCCAUCCUUGCCAUGCAGCCGGCUCCCUCUGUGUCCACAGCAAGCUCAGUCCCUUCCUCCUCUCCGUCCAUGUCUGUGUCCACUUCUUCCUCUGUCACAGCAGUGGGACUGCCCCCACCUCAGGCCCAGCACAGCCCAGGAAGGGUGCUGUUUACCAACCAAGGGUCCAGCAUGAUCCUGAGUCAGGAGUCUCUGCAGAUGUUCCUGCAGCAGGAGCAGCACCACCAAACAGAGAAUGACUCGACCCCCUCUGUGGGCGUACCAGCAUCUGUUAUCGUCAGCAGCAACAGCAUCACUGCUCCGGCCCCCUCAGUCCAUGACAGCCAAUUAGCUGACUCUCGGGUGGGUCAGAGCCACAGCCCCUCCCCUGGCCCCUCACACAUGACAGCAGGGGUAAAGCAGGUGCCCUCCAGUGGACAUCAGCAGCCUUUGAAGAUCCAGAGCAUGUCCCCGUCACCGGCAUUGACCACCCACGCCACAGCGCCCUCGCUGGCAGACAGCCCGCAGCCCUCUCAGUCUCCUCUUACUCUGAGCCAGCAGAUUCAGUCGCCACACCAUCAGCAGCAGUCUCGCCCUCCCUCUCAGCCUCAGCCACAGUCUCAAACUCCCUCUCGUUCGUGCACACCCUCGUCUCACCCCUCGCUCUUCAUUGUCCAUAACCAAAUCCCUGGCUCCCCCCAGCCGGCUCCUCAAAGCCAGCCCCAGCAGACGCAAUCCCAGCAGGCUCAUGUUCAAGUUCAGCUUCAGCCUCAGACACGGCCCGCCUCUCAGCCUGCUCCCUUCCAGCAAGAAAUGCCUCCCAUAUCACAUUCCCCCAGUCCUCUUCCAGCUCUGCCCGCACAGCACCAGUUCACCACGCCCGCCGCCAGCGCCCCUGCCUCUGCUGUCGUGAAGACCCAGGUUCCCCUCCAGGGCCUGACAGCGGAGCAGCAGCACCAUCUACAAUUAGUAGGAGCGCAGAUUCAGACGCUGUCCACCAUCACUCAACCCUCGCCUCAACAGAAACAGCUGCUAGAGAAGCUGCACCAGGUCCAGCAGAACAUCCUGUUGCAGAGCAAGCAGCCUGCACAGCCUCAGCCUCUGGCCACCGCUCACUUCAGCUCUCAGCAAGACGUGCCUGUUGACAAAGUGGUGAUAUCAUCAUCAUCAUCUUCGUCGUCGUCAGCCCCCGCCGGUGCCCCUGCUCAGCUUCCCCCGGUGCUGCAGCAGACGUCCGUGCUGGUCAAGACUCCCGUCACAGCAUCAAGUGACUUACAGGUAUUCUCAGGAGCCCAAGGGCCAGGAGGAGCAAUGGUGAAUCAGACCGUCACUCCGGCGAGCCUUACACAACCUACACAGGUUCAGCCAAAACCAGGAGUGAUCAGCUCAGUUGGAGGGGUGGCUUUGGGGAAAGGUGGGAUGCAGAUACAGGUGCUCGGGGCUGGUCUGACCCAAAUGCCUGCUCCUCAGCCCCCUGCUCCAGUACCUACACAGACUGCAACAAUGAAGAUGCCUUUCAGUGCAGAGCCCAGUAAAGAAGCUAGGAUGCUGGAGCAGCUGAGGAAACAGCAGGGCUCAGUGCUUCACCCAAACUAUAGUGCUCCUUUCCAUUCCUUUGAGGACACACUGCAAAGACUACUGCCUUACCAUCUGUACCAGGGCACUGCCAACUCUCCUCAAGACUAUCAGAGAGUGGACGAUGAAUUUGAGAGCGUCUCCUGCCAGCUGCUGAAGAGGACUCAGGCCAUGCUGGACAAAUAUCGCUACCUGCUCUUUGCAGAAUCAAAACAGAGACUGGGCCCCUCGGCAGAGAUGGUGAUGAUCGACCGGAUGUUCAUUCAGGAGGAGAAGAUCGCUCUGAGUCAGGACAGGCUGCUGGCCAAGGAGAGGCCAGAGGAGUAUGUGGCGAAUGCACGCAUGUUGGAGAGUGUUGCUGUUUCCUCACAUCAGCAACCAGCUUCUGCAGAGCCCAGCUCAGCGAGCAGCGGGGCGACGACGCCUCCAGCACCUGGAGCUCCUGCCCCGGCCCCCCUCCCUGCUGUGGCUCCAAACAUCACUCCAGCACCCACCGCUGCCGCCACUCCAAGCCCAACGCCCUCCGCGGCCCCUUUCCCCCCCACCAAGCUGGUGAUAAAGCAGGGCGGAGGUGGAGCGUCGGUGUCCUGGUCCACCAGCUGUCCUCCAGCCUCGGCUCCAGGCGGCAGGCAGGUGGCCGAACCCCCCGGCCAGAGCUCCUCCUUCAGCCGUGCUUCAGCCGCAUCCUCCACGUUCUCCUCCUCCUCGUCCUCCUUCGCCUCCGGAGCCGGCGACGACGACGACGCUCUCCCGCAGCGAACCAGCAAGCCGCCGAUCAAGACCUACGAGGCCCGCCGACGAAUCGGCUUAAAGCUGAAGAUAAAACAGGAUCAGACAGGAUUCAGUAAGGUGGUUCACAACACUGCCUUAGACCCGGUCCACACACCGCAACCUCAGCAGAGCAGCCAGUCUGCACCCCCGCCUCAGACUCAGCCCCAGCCCCAACCUCAAGCUGCUGCCCCGCACCCAAAGGCCCGCCAAGCAGCAACUCCCCCCACCACUGUCAUCAGAACUCAGUCCCCAGCAUGCACUGCUUCCUCCUCUUCAGUGGCCACCAUAGCAACCACUCAGUCCAAUCCUCCGCUGAGAGGCACUGCUCCCCCCGCCACGGUCCCAUCCUCCUCCUCCUCUUCCUCUCACACCUGGUCCUCAUCCACCUUCUCGGUAUCCUCUUCCUCCUCCUCCUCCUCCACUCAGAUGAACGGGACGUUAGAGCACCACGAUGUGGGCGGGGUCAAACGCAACCCCGCCUCCACUGCCACACCCCCUCAGACCACUUGUCGCCUGCCCCUCCGGAAGACCUACAGGGAAAACGUCAGUCCCCGGGUCCGACCUGGCGUCCCGGGAGGAGGAGACGAGAGCCUGUCCUACCCCAGACCCACGCCGUCGCCCCCCCGGCCCGAGGCCACGUCUCCUUCCUCAGAGCGGACAGUGAUAGCCAGUGUGAAGGUGGAGAAAAGAGGCAGGGAGCUUUCUCUGCCCCACACAGAGUCGAGCCAUGAGGGGGGCAGACUGGGGAGUGCGGUGCAGGGGCUGGACCAGGUGGAGGAGGUGUUUAACCGCGGCAUCAAAACGACACAACAGCACCAUCUCCAACACUUCCCAGACAAAGUGGAGGCAAAGAUGAAAGAGGAGGAGCACACAGACCAAGAGACUGAUAUCAGUCAGUACAAAAGGGCGACUGGGAAAAACAGACAGCGGGCAGGUGCAACGUUUAGAAUGGACCAGCAUGCCCCGGGGCCUCCCUCCCCAGAGUCCUCCUGCACAAGAGACUCUAUGCUUCCUGCCAAACGCUGCAAGUCCGACUCCCCCGACAUGGAUAACGCCAGCUUCUCGAGCGGCAGCCCUCCGGACGACUCUCUGAACGAGCACCUGCAGUGUGCCAUCGACAGCAUCCUCAACCUGCAGCAGGGGCCCUCUGCCCGCGGGCACCACCUUAAAGGGGGCGGCGGCAGGCCCCACCAACACCAAAGCCAGCGCCCAGGGGGUCCGGCAGCCUCAUCCCACAGACCAUCAGUCCCCUCCUCCUCCUCCUCCACCUCCUCAUCCUCCUCCCUGGCCCAGCACCCUCAGGUCGGUGGCCGUGGCCACAACGGCAGCCUAGUGCCCCAGACUCAGAGCAGAUAACAGCCCCUCAGCCCCAGGCCGGACUGACACAGGGGACUGACUGAGAGACAUGUGGGGGCGGGGGAGGGGGGCACUGUGAAAACAGUAUCACUGUACUACUCUGCCAAGCUGUGUUGGCUUUGUUUGUCCAUUUGAAUUGUCCAGACAUUUCUUUGUCGUUUACAGGCUGACUCCCAACCUGGAUACAUCAAGUAAAAAACAUGGGGUUGGAGUUCAUACUGUCCCACUGUGUUGUCUCAGUGGACUUGAAGACAGGCUUGGUGUUUUGUAUGAGUUCUCUCAGUCACACUCAAGUAAUAAGAUGAAAUUAUCAUAAGGUUUCUGUCCAACCCCCCCGCUCUCUUUUGAUCUCUUCUUUUCACGUUCAGUAUUCAUACAUUCCUAUCAUGCGGCGGCCCCGAGAGUCAGUCCCUUCACAGCGGAUCAUCUCCUGGUCUGAAUGGUGUCCCGGUGAGCGCCUGGCAGCUCCUCAGAACAGCGCAGAAGUCCCGACACGUCUCUCUCCCUCGGCCAGCUGCAGCGGAGAGGCGGGAAAAAAAUAGUUUUUCAGGCCAGGAAAUCAUCCACGUCUUUUCACCGUCGACAAAGUGCGACCCUGUUACCGCAAACAUGAACGCCGUGCUGCCCCCCCGGAUGCAGGCGCCGGCGGCUAUUGGUUUGUAUUUGAAAAGUCAAAGAGCAUUAAGUUUAAAUUUCAAUUCCCAAAAAAAAAUGAUAUACAGUCUACUUCUGUGUGAGACAGGAGAUAAACACAGGAAGUUUCUCAAACAGUGUAACAGCUCUUUGGUUUUGUAAGGCAGAUUGGGUUAACCUCCACUCGCGUUACAGUUUUUGCACCAGCGUCUCAUGCACAUUACAUUAAUCAUACAUGUAUCAGCUGAGCAGGCUGGGGGAGUCUCCUCUCGUCUUUAAAUCGUGAAGUGGUUUACCUUGUGGCUGCUUUUGGGGAACUGUAGUACUGUACCGGUGAGGUGUAAAUUAACAUGUAGGAACGAAAUUCAGUUCCCUUUCCGUUUCAAAUGUUGGAUGAUUUCCCAGGUCCGUGUCGCCGAGGCCCGCUCCACACCUCCCCGACGCUCGCUCACAAUGCCACAUAUGAACUUUAUGCAUUUCAGUCAGCAGGGGGCAGGCCAGUCUUAAAUUGUUGAGCUUCUUUGUUCUAACUGUUUCAUCAUCCUGGCUCUCUCCUCUCCCUCACUCAAUGUUCUCUCUAUCUUUUUCUUUCUUUCUUUUUUUUUUUUUUUUCUUUUUUUGCCCUGGUGGACAAUUCAAACACAAACACAGCAAGAGCAUCGAAAUGGAAAAAAAGGAACAAUAAUAAUGUACAAAAAAGACCGUAAGAGAAUUUGAAGUAUAGUAUUACAGAUUAAUUUUGUAUUGUAUUUAUUGUGUAUAAUGACACUUUUUAAAAAGAAAUGUACAUUUAGUAAAACUGUAAAUUAAACCUUGCUUCUUUUAUGAACUCG